CUCAAUAAUAACAAAAAUGAAUUCUCCUCUCAGCCACACUUGAUUCUGCACAAAUACUUCCUACAUUUUCCCUAAUUCUCCAAUUCCUCAAUGGCCAUGGCAACUCAAGCUUCUCUCUUCACCCCUGCUCUCUCCGCCCCCAAAUCAUCCGCUCCAUGGAAACAAUCCCUCAUAGCCUUCUCCACUCCUAAGCAACUCAAAUCCAAUGUCUCAAUGACCCGACCCAUCCGGGCCAUGGCCGAAGAAGCCCCCGCUUCUGCUUCCACCAAAGAGAAACCCGCUGCUCCAGCGGGUUUCACCCCACCUCAAUUAGACCCAAACACACCUUCCCCAAUCUUCGGUGGCAGCACUGGUGGACUUCUUCGCAAAGCCCAAGUCGAGGAAUUCUACGUCAUCACGUGGGAAUCACCAAAGGAACAGAUCUUCGAGAUGCCAACAGGUGGUGCUGCUAUAAUGAGGGAAGGACCCAAUUUGUUGAAACUGGCCAGGAAAGAGCAGUGUUUAGCACUUGGUACAAGGUUGAGAUCCAAGUACAAGAUUAACUACCAGUUCUACAGGGUGUUCCCUAAUGGUGAGGUGCAAUACUUGCACCCCAAAGAUGGUGUGUACCCGGAAAAGGUGAAUCCGGGUCGUGAAGGAGUUGGACUGAACCUUAGAUCCAUUGGAAAGAAUAAGAGUUCUAUUGAAGUCAAGUUCACUGGCAAACAAGUCUAUGAUUUGUAAGGUGUUAUAUUUUGUGCCUCUUUUAUAAUAUUGUAAUUGUUAAAUGAUUUUGUGAUUAUGUAGUGCAUCGUUUGAAUGUAAUUUUUUUUUGACACUACCAAUAUAGCAUGGAAUCUAUUAAUUA